AAAUUUGGUGAACGAAGCAACAAGCCACAGACUCAUGUCAUCAGAAGUGCCUAUGCCCUCUAUGCUCUGCUGAAUGACCCCUCCUUCCAUAUCAGUAACAUCCGAAUCUGCUCGGAGGAUGUGUUAGAGGUCGUCACCACCCGCGCCGAGGAGGAAGUAGAACAAAAUGUGAAAACCAAUAUAUUUAUAGCAAUUUACACCACCGCGCAUGCGCGACUUAAACUUUACUCAGCAUUAGAAACUCUUCAGGAACGUGUCCUUUAUUAUGACACGGAUUCUGUUAUUUACCAAUGGCGUCCUGGGCAGGUAGAAAUUCCCCUAGGUGUUUUUUUGGGUGAAUUUACAGACGAAACGGACGAGGAUCCCAUCAUAGAAUUUGCUAGCGGGGGGGCUAAAAAUUAUGGGUAUCUCACAAGAGGAGGGAAAGUUGAAUGUAAAGUCAGAGGGUUUUCUCUGAACUACAGAAAUAAGUUGCUUUUGAAUUUUUAUGCUUUACGUGAUAACAUUUUAAAAGAGUUGGAUGACCCUCAAGAGGAAAGGAGAAAUAUCACGUUGGUUGAUAAGAAUUUCUUUGACCGUGACCAAACCAACAAAAGAAUUCGAUUGAUUGAUAGGGAGAAAAAGUAUGGGUUGGUGUUCGAUAAAAGAGUGGUCGAUAGGGCCACUCGAAAGUCCUAUCCCUAUGGAUACGCUCGCAUCGGAAGCGAGGUCGACAUGCUAUCAGAGUUAUAAAUAGGGUUCUUCUUUUUGAAGCAUUGUACAUAGGCUAAGUGUGUUUGGCUUUUGUUUUUGGGCGCCAUUGUCGAAGUGUUGAAACAUGAACUCGAUAGAGAGGUUUAAUGUAGAAAUAAACUAAGUUCGAGAUACAAUCUCUGUGUGAUGUUAUUGUUGUUGUUGGGUCAGGGUAUAAAUAGAGGGUGGACAACCAAGAUGGACCCCUACUGGGAAGACAUUGAAAUCACCCUCAAAGAAUUGGAUGGCAGUCUGGUCAAGGUUCAAUCGGAAAGUCAAUGUGUGCUCAUGUUACAGUUUAGACUAGAUUAACACGAGACAGAGACAUUGUGUGCACAUUCUUUGUUUAUUGAAAUAAAAAAAACACACGCAGAUUACAAUUUGAGUUUCUUCUUGGCUUGCAUGAUUUUCUUGACGACUUUCUCGGUCAUGGUCNGAGGGUUUUCUCUGAACUACAGAAAUAAGUUGCUUUUGAAUUUUUAUGCUUUACGUGAUAACAUUUUAAAAGAGUUGGAUGACCCUCAAGAGGAAAGGAGAAAUAUCACGUUGGUUGAUAAGAAUUUCUUUGACCGUGACCAAACCAACAAAAGAAUUCGAUUGAUUGAUAGGGAGAAAAAGUAUGGGUUGGUGUUCGAUAAAAGAGUGGUCGAUAGGGCCACUCGAAAGUCCUAUCCCUAUGGAUACGCUCGCAUCGGAAGCGAGGUCGACAUGCUAUCAGAGUUAUAA